AUGAAGAGCACCAUCCUGUUGUCUGCCUUUUCUCUGGCCUCUAUUGGCUCCGCUGCGGUGCAUGGAGAGCGUGGUUUUGGACUCCAACGUCACCAGGCUCUGCACAGCAGCAGCAGUAGCAAAACCAGCACUACUAUCAAGACCUCGACCCGACCCGCAUCAUCUUCGCUCAAAACCUCUUCAAAGGCUACCAGCAGCUCCAUCAAGAGUAGCUCGAAGUCUUCCUCGAAGGUCUCCUCGACCUCCAAGGCCUCUUCCAGCAAAGCAUCUAGCAGUUCGACCAAGCCAGUUUCCAAGAGCUCAUCCACGAUCAAGAGCUCCACACAGACUUCCUCUACCAAGGCAGCAACUUCGAGUGGAUCGAGCAUGAGUCUUGCUUUCAAGGCCGGACUUUCUGGCUUCCCUAGCAUCGAGACUACUGAUGUAUUCAAACAACAGUGGAUGCCCUAUAUCUCGUGGUACAGCAACUACGAACCCGUCGCUCCUAACUUUGAUGCUUCGACCCACACUGUGGUCGGUGCACCCAUGCUCUGGGGCAAGGGCGACCAAUGUCUGACAAACAACCCUGAUGGCCCAGUUGACGAGUGGCGUCUUGGAAACUUCACCGAGUACGUGACAAGCGGAGAGACACAUCCCAAUGUCUUCUUCGGCUUCUACGAGCCGGACUGCGACUGUCCUUCCUCCAGCCACAUCACCAAUGUUACUGUCGGUGUUGAGAAGUGGAAUCAAUACAUCAAGCCUCUCCGCAACCGCGGCAUUGCACUUGGCUCGCCACCCAUGUGCACACAGCUCGAUCAAACUUGGCUCACCAACUUCGCGGCUCAAGGCGUCACUUGGGAUGUCACCAGCAUCCACGUGAACAAACCCACUGUCGCUGAAGGCAUCAAGGUAGUCGAGUAUUACGUCAGUAAGUUCGGCAAGCCCGUCUGGGUCAGCGAAUUCACUUGCGUCAACGACCAAAACUGGAGCUCUUGCGGCGACCAAGAUACUGUGAACUCUUUCAUUGAUGGCAUGGUUCAGUACUUCGAGGGCAACGACAAUGUUAUCGCCUAUGGUGCGAACAACGGCGAAGGUGUUCCUGGUGUCUGGAACCUGAUGACCAACGACUGGCCUCCUCAGCUUACUGCCACUGGUCAGCACUACCAGUCUGUUCUCAAGAGUCUUGCUAGCGAGAAAUGCUAG